AGUAGAGAGUCUCAUGCAUGUCUAGUAGUACUACUAUCCAAAAAAUGGCUCACAAUUCUUGGAAUUUGCCUAAGGUUGUGUUUGGAUGGGUGGUUUGCAUCCUAAGCCUGAGCUUCAUUUCUUGGUGUUGUGGUUCCAUAGGGACUGUGCACAUAAGUGGGAAAACACCCGUCGGGGUAACCGACACCGACUUCGUAUGUGCCACCUUGGACUGGUGGCCACCCGAUAAAUGUGACUACGGAACGUGUUCUUGGGGUCACGCUUCUCUCCUUUACCUGAACCUUAGCAAUACUAUCCUUUUAAAUGCAGUUAAAGCUUUUUCGCCUUUAAAGAUUCGUUUGGGUGGGACUUUACAAGAUAAAGUGAUCUACCAAACAGAAGAAGAGAAAGAAGAAGGAAAAAGUUGCAUUCCAUUUGUGAAGAACAUGUCAGCAUUGUAUGGUUUCAAUAAAGGGUGUCUCCCAUUGUCCAAAUGGGAUGAAAUGAAUGACUUCUUCAAUAAAUCAGGAGCGGUUAUUAUUUUUGGUUUGAAUGCUCUCCAAGGAAGAACGUUCGAUUCCCAUGGCUUUGCAAACGGAGCUUGGAAUUCGACCAAUGCAGAAUCUCUAAUGCGUUACACCGUGAAUAAAGGCUACACUAUUCACGGAUGGGAGCUCGGGAACGAGCUGAGCGGGGACGGAGACGGUGUAAGAGUAGGAGCGGAUCAAUAUGUUUCUGACACAAUUCAUCUCAAGAAGAUAUUGGGAGAUGUAUACAAGAGUGUUAGUUAUAAGCCAUUGGCCAUAUCACCCGGAGGAUUUUUUGAUGCAAAAUGGUACAAAGAGUUUAUAGAGGAAGCACAAGAGUCUUUGGAUGUGGUCACCCAUCACAUUUACAGUCUUGGCCCAGGUUCUCUCAGAUUUAUUUUCGUAAUUUGACUUUUCAAUUAUAUCUUUAGCAUCGACUAAAAAAAGAGAUAACUCAUAUAAGUAACUUAGUAUAUCAAUGCAAAAUAGAUAGAGUAUAUAUUGCAAUGACUUUAUUUAAAUAUAUUAGUCAAUUUCAGUUAUAAUUAAAGGUGUUUCUAAUCU